GGCUGACAUCAGCUUGUGCCGCGUUUGCCGCCUCUCCCAUGAUCAAGGUCGAGCACACAUCUACACCAAGCGACACUCGGCGGCGCUUGCGACGCUUCUCGACAAGGAGCUCCGUCGCAUGGCCGCCCUUGCGACGUGGCUGGAGUCGCACAGCCGCUCGCUUGCAUCCACCGCAGAGCAAAGCGCGCCGAUCGCCGCAGCGGGAACCGAAGCCGACGAUCGUGGCGGGAGAUUCGCGUGCGAGGAGAGCCGGAAGCGAAGCCGAUGGUGCCGGUUCUGCGACGCUGACGUGGCAGAGGAUAGCGUGAUUGGCGGAUGGUGAGCGCUCUGACAGCGGUCCCUCCUCACUCCCUCCCUCACACCCUCCCCCACUCCCUCCCUCACACCCUCCCCCACUCCCUCCCUCACGCCCCUCACACCUUCCCCUUCUCGGAAUCUCCCUCCCUCUCUCCCCAUCUCCUCCUCUUCCGCUCCGCGCCUUCCCGGCUCGUAGCCUCCUCCCAGAGCGUUCUCACCUCCGUAUGCUGGUUCCGCUUCUCCCCUCUUUCCCCCGCCUCGCUCCGUCCGCCCAAAACGCCUUCACUUGACGCGGAAUCCUGCUUCUCCCUUCCUUCCCCGGCUCGCCCAGAGCGCCCUCGCCUUCUUACGCGGAAUCCGCUUCUCCCCUCCUCCUCCCCGUCGGUGCGUGUGCUCGUGUUAGGAAGCACUGGCUGCGCCACGUCAGCAGCGGGGACCACAUGACGUCAGUGACGGCGUUUUGGGCCGCAAACUGCAGCGGCAGGGGCGUUGUGGCUGCUGAUACUGUUGCUCUCACUGCCGCCCUGGCCGCUCGCCUUGCUGCUGCUGCCGCUGCUGCUACAACCGCUACUACUCCUACGGCUACAGGUGGAGGUGUUGGUGGUGGUGGUAGUGGUGGCGCUACCGUAGCUGCAUAUACAGCGGAUGCCUGUGCUAAGAGGCGCGCCAAGGGGAAACGGGGGAGCAGAAAUGGCGGCUUAGAGACUAAGGAACCUUGGCGUGCAUUCGUUCUACCCCCUGCAGCCGCCACCGCCACCGUCACCGCCACCGCCUGCGCCACCGCUGCUGCUGCUGCUGCUGUGGCUUCCCCAUCUUCCUUCACUCCCCCAUCCCCCCCUGUUCCGCCAUCCUCCCCAUCCCCCCUUGUUCCGCCAUCCUCCCCAUCCCCCCUUGUUCCGCCAUCCUCCCCAUCCCCCCUUGUUCCGCCAUCCUCCCCAUCCCCCCUUGUUCCGCCAUCCUCCCCAUCCCCCCUUGUUCCGCCAUCCCCCCCAUUCCCCCCUGUUCCGCCACCUCCCUCUCUACCGUCAUCGCAUCACCCUGCUUGCCCCCCCCUCACUCCCCUGCCACACGCCAGGGCACCCAACUCCCUCCCUCCCAUCACUUGCACCAAGCCUGCCAUCCCGCCACCACAUUCAACCACGCCCAACUCCCUGCUAAAUCCCCUGGCCCCACCGGAGGGCCUCUCUCUCGUGCCCGAGACUUUUUGCCCCAUAGUGUGUCCGCCCAUCACCAACACCAAGCUCUGGAAGUUUAGAGAGCAGCGGGUCGGGGCAGCCUGGGCAGAGCAGCGCCGAGCAGAAAUAAAAGCGGCGGAAGCAGCCAAGUCCGCUGCUGCGGCUCUGCGCUUUGCACCUGCUGGUCCGCCGGCAAAGGUGGGCAGUGCUGGGGCAGCUCUAACAGAUAGCGGUGGUGCAGAACCAGGCAGCAGUGGAAGCGGUUCAAGCGUGCAUGCCACCCCUGUGGCAGGGUCAAGCAGCAGAGCAGCAGCAGAAGGAGCAGUAGCGGUUUCAGCAGGUGAAGCGGGGCAAGAAUCUGCCGGUGCUGGUGCUGGUCCUGUGCUUACGGAGGCUGGGCGCGAGCAGGGUAAGGUUGGGGGUGGCUCCAUGUGGCUUCCGAGCUUUGGGCGCGUGUGGCAGAGCGGGCCGCGGCAGGCGAGCAGGAGGGAGUUUGAGGCGGAGAGGCGCACGCAGAUGGGCAAGGGAGAGCAGGAGAGGCGUAGCAAGGGAGGGCAAGAUAGGCCGCGCAAGGGAGGGCAGCAGAGGCAGUGCAAGGGUGGGGAGAAAAGGGGACAGGAUGAAGUCAUGCAUGCUAGCCAGGGGGUUGAGCAGUCCGCACGGACGGGCGGAGCGGCGCAGCUGACUCCGCCAACGGGUCAUGCAGUGCCCUCCUCCCAGGCUGUAGGCAGCCAGCAGGCAGUUUCAGCGUCCGCUGCUCCACAGGAAGAGGGGGGUAUAGUAGCAGGCCCGCGUGAUGCUUUUUCUGGGCUGCAAGCUUUUGAGUUGAGGCCAUAUGUUCCAAAGCGGCUUAGACGCUGAUACGGUGUAACAUGCGAAGCCAAAGUGCGGCCAGUUUACGGGAAGAUGUUGGUGUACGGUACGGUACUUGUUUCACACCAAUAUCUAAUUCCCUCGUUUGCCACUGCGAGUUCUCAUUUUUACAAUGUGUUAACAUUCAUUUAUAGUUGCGUUAGGAAUAUA